AAAAAUGAUAAAACUAAGUUAAAAUCUUUGGAAAAUAAGCUUCAUAAUGGAACAUGAAACAAAAAGUUUUGAUGAAAAAGAAGAAUAUAAGAAACUUUUUAAAAUUCGUGAUAAAAUAUUUAUGAAUAUGCAAGCAACCAUGCAAUCAUCUGGAAUGGAGUAUUUUAAUUCAAACAUGAAGAUUAAACCUCCUUUAAUAAAACCCAAACCAUUAGGAUCACCAAGAUAUUCUCAUACCUUAUCAAAGACAUUUUUGAAGUAUAAACAAGUACCAGGACCAUCUACACAAAUUUCUUUAGAAGAUGAUAAAAGUAGACUUGAACGAAUGCUUCGUGCAAGAAUCGAGAAGAGAAAAGCAGAUGCUAAGUUAUUAAUGGAGCAAGGACCAUAUAAAAAGCAUGUUGAACAAAAGACAUUUUCAAAUCAAAUUCAUUAUAAAAAAAAUAUAAAAUCAUGUGAUGAGAUAAAAGAAAACAAAGAAACAUCUAGUUGCGAAGCGAAUUUGCCAUGUACAGAUAUUCAGAAGGAAUCAUCUCUUGACCUUAAACAUACCCAAGAAUUAUCAGUAUCUAAACCUUUUUACCAUAACCAAGAAUCAAAAUAUGAUACAAGAUGCAAUGAGAAUAAUGAACAAGCCAUUGAUUUUUCAUCAUCUUCCAUGGCUAUUCCAGGAUUAAGAGUUCCUACAUAUAUUCGUGAAGAAAAUAUAGAAAAAUCUACAAUACCUACAAUAACGCAAAAUGCAGAGGAAAAUACACACAAUAAUAAGGUUAUAUCGAGUAACUCAUCUAUCAAAUCUCCCAGUUUAUCUUUAGAAUCUAAAUUAACAUCUCAUGAUUUUCAAACAUAUGAAUCAAAUAUACAAAACACAUCAAGAUCAUCUUCCUUUGAAUACAAACCACGGUCCCCGACAUCUCGUCUUCAAUUAUCUCUUAUAUCGUCUCCCAAAGCAUCAGAAAGCAUUGAUCAAUCAGAAAAAUUAACAGAAACUAAAUCUAUUCCGGAAUCAAAAUUACAUUAUUCUCAUAUAACUAAAGAAAAUUCAAAAAUUCAAGAUAAUGCGAAAAAUUUAAAGGAAAACAAAAAGAUAGAUGGCUAUACUGAGCAAGACGAUUCAUCCAAUUUAGCCAAACAACACCCUUAUGAACCUUACAAACAAAUAACCUCUCCAGGACCAAUGCAUUGGAAACGUGACUUUUAUCCAUAUUAUCAAAGACGAUCUGCGCCUACAUGGCAUGGUCCAGAAAAUUAUUCAGGUCAUUUUCUACCAAGAGAUGAUCCUUCUUUAUAUUAUCCAGAUAGAGCAUAUUUUUCAGCACAUCCUCCACCACCAAUGGGAUUACAUAAUUCUUACACUGGUCCGUGCGACUAUGAUCUAUAUUAUACGCAAGAAUUUCCACCAUUGAGGCCAUCUUUAUCACCUCGAAUGACACAUCUUUAUCCAUCAUAUUCAACUCGAUUUCCACAUGCUUCACCAUUUCCUCAGUCUCCAUCUUUGCAUAGAUACACUCAUGAUAAAUAUUUCACACCCGCAUAUCCACCUCAUCCUUAUUUACUUCAUCAUUCAUCUCGAUAUGACGAUUCAAUCGCUUUUUCUCGCAAUUCCGGUCAUUUCUAUCAACCUUCUAGAAACACUUAUGAUUGGGAAAAUCUACGAAACUACGAUUCAUCUAUAGAUCAUUCUACUUCUCAUCCUUUAAAUUUUAGGGAACACUACGAAACUAUUUUACCCUAUGAAACAUAUUUACAUACUGAACAUUCUACUCUAAAAACAAGCCAUUCUAUUAACGAUAGAAACAACGAAUCAACUCAUUGGAACCGUCUUCGUUGAUUCAAUUGCAACUACUACAUCAAUGCUUUUUCAAUUUAUACAUAAA